AUGGCAUCCCAGCGCCACCACCCACCGCAACUUUCAGACUCUGAUUCCGACGGAGGAUCCUCCACCUCCCAACUCCUCCGCCACUCAGACCUCUCCGAGUCAAUAUUCAAAUCCUACUUCAAUUUCUCCGGCCACUCCUCAACCAAUGCCACCUCCGCCGACCUAUCCAAGAUCCAAUCCUUCCUCACCUCCUCCUCCUCCGGCGCUCUCUCUUGUCUCAUAUGUCUUGAGCGCAUCAAACCUUCCGAUCCCACCUGGUCCUGCACCUCCCUCUGUUUCGCUGUCUUCCAUCUCUUCUGCAUCCAGAGCUGGUCCCGUCAAGCUUCCGAUCUCGCCGCCGCACGUGCCGUCACUCGCCUCUCCAUUUCUCAGGACCAAGCCUCCCAAACAUCUCUCUGGAAUUGCCCCAAAUGUAGAGUGGAAUAUCCCAAAAGCCUCAUCCCCAAGUCCUACCUAUGCUUCUGUGGCAAAUUGGAGAAUCCUCCCAGUGAUGAUCCUUGGGUUUUACCUCAUUCAUGUGGUGAAGUUUGUGGUAGAUCUUUGAAGAAUAAUUGUGGACACCGUUGUUUGCUUCUCUGCCAUCCCGGGCCAUGUCCAUCUUGUCCCCAACUCGUUAAAGCUCGAUGCUUUUGCGGAUCUCACCACGACACUCGAAGAUGCGGUUUCAAGGAGUUUUCUUGUGAAGCCCCAUGUUCCAAGGUCUUAGAUUGCGGUGUUCAUAGGUGCGUUGAGAUUUGCCACCGUGGUACCUGUCCGCCGUGCCGGACUCGUGGUGUUUAUAGGUGUCAAUGUGGGAAGGUGAAAGAGGAGAGGGAAUGUUGUGAUCGUGUUUUUCGGUGUGAUGAUCCUUGUGAGAAGAAGCUUAGUUGUGGGAAGCAUGUUUGUCAGAAAGGGUGUCAUUCUGGUGAGUGUGGUGAGUGUCCUUUACAAGGGAGGAGAACAUGUCCUUGUGGUAAAAGGUUCUAUGAAGGAAUGCCUUGUGAUGCUCCUAUGCAGGUUUGUGGGGCUACAUGCGAUAAAAUGUUACCGUGUGGGUAUCAUAAGUGCCAUGAACGAUGCCACCGUGGACAGUGUAUUGAGACUUGUAGGAUUGUUGUUAGGAAGUGUUGUCGCUGUGGUAGCCUCAAGAAAGAUGUACCUUGCUAUCAAGAUUUGGCAUGUGAGAGGAAGUGCCAGACGUUGCGUGACUGUGGCCGACAUCCAUGUAAACGCCGCUGCUGUGAUGGAGAUUGUCCUCCAUGUUCAGAGAUUUGUGGCAGGAGGCUCCGCUGUAGAAACCAUAAAUGCCAAUCUCCAUGCCACAGAGGUCCCUGUGCUCCUUGUCCUAUAAUGGUGACAAUAUCGUGUGCAUGUGGGGAGACACAUUUUGAGGUUCCUUGUGGUACUGAAAUGGAUCAAAAGCCUCCCAGAUGUCGUAAAAAAUGUCCUAUUAAGCCUUUAUGUCGGCAUGCCUUAAUCAGUAAGCCGCACAAAUGCCAUUAUGGAGCAUGUCCUCCCUGUCGCUUACCUUGUGCAGAAGAGUACCAAUGUGGCCAUGCAUGCAAAUUAAGUUGUCAUGGUGCAAGGCCUCCUCCCAAGCCCGAGUUUACUCUCAAACCAAAGAAAAAGAAGAAUAUACAGCAGAGUGAAAAUAUUCCCGGCACUCCAUGCCCUCCUUGCCCAGAACUAGAAUGGAGACCAUGUGUAGGGCAGCACAUUGGAGCUGAGCAGAUGAUGGUCUGCUCUAAUAAAUCACAGUUCUCCUGUGAAAAUCUAUGUGGCAAUCCUCUACCAUGUGGCAAUCAUUAUUGUACUAAAACAUGCCAUCCCUUGGAGAACCGGUCUUCCACGAACCGGUUACUAAGAAGUGAGGCUUGUGAAGAUUGUUCGGUUUCUUGCCAAAAGGAAAGAAAGCCUACGUGUCAGCAUCACUGUCCUCGGCGAUGCCAUCCUGGAGACUGCCCCCCAUGCAAGGUGCUAAUUAAACGGUCAUGUCAUUGUGGUGCAAUGGUCCAUGCUUUUGAAUGCAUUUAUUACAACGGCCUGUCUGCAAAGGAUCAAGAGACAGCCCGGUCAUGUGGUGGACCUUGUCAUAGAAAGAUGCCAAAUUGUACACAUCUAUGCCCAGAGAUAUGUCAUCCUGGUCAAUGCCCAAAUCCUGAGAAAUGCUAUAAAAAGGUCACUGUUCGUUGCAAAUGCCAAACGCUGAAAAAGGAGUGGCUUUGUCAAGAUGUUCAAGCAGCACAUAAUCGCGCCGGUCGCGACCCAAGCGAUAUACCAAAAAAUCAAUUUGGAGUUGGACUUAUUCCUUGCAAUUCUGACUGUCAGAGGAAAGUGCAGGUUGUUGAGUCAGAACUGCAAUUGCGUAAAUCUAGAGCUACAGAGGUAAAGGAGCCGGAUAAUGAAAAAUCAGUUCCAAAGCGACGUAAAAGGCGAGACCAAGUAGUUGAAUCCAACGAACCGACAAUAUUACAGAAAAUGAUUUCCAGAACAAAGCAGUUUUUUCUGUUUGUGUUUUUCUUGGUCAUACUUGUUGCUGCUACUCAUUAUGGGUACAAGGGACUUCUAUGGCUCAAUGAUUGGAUGAAUAAGGUCGAUGAACAAAGACAUAGGUCUUCACGAAUUAGAUGA